AUCUCCCUGCUACCUUCAGGUAGAAGGUACAGGAGCCUGAAGACUGCAACAACCAGGUUCAGGAAUAGCUACUUCCCCUCAGCCAUCAGGCUAUUAAACCUGGCUCGGACAAAACUCUGAUUAUUAAUAACCACUUUCUGUUAUUUGCACUUUACCAGUUUAUUUAUUCAUGUGUGUAUAUAUUUAUAUCAUGGUAUAUGGACACAUUUAUCUGUUUUGUAGUAAAUGCCUACUAUUUUUUUUUCUGUGUGCUUAUGCAAAGCAAGAAUUUCACUGUCCUAUACAGGGACACAUGACAAUAGACUCACUUGAACUUGAAUCGAGGCGUUACCAGAGAAAAGGUCAACAAUCGAAUUAUUCAAAGAAUGGCGCUGCGUGAAACUGAAACAACGAGAUGAAGAAUAGUACAGCUGCCAGUUGUACGUGGGAUGGGUUUUUUCAUAAUGCCCAAUGAAAAAAGUGAACCAGUAAAGCACUGGAGAGCAGAUCGGGCAGCACAUGUACAGCGAGAAUCCAUCCAUUUUCCAGUAUUUGUUCGAUGAGAAGAAGGAAACGCUGUAUCGCACGCAUGGAGAAUUGCGUGAAAUGCUGCUGAUACGAAAUAAGUGCACGAAACGUUGGUGAUGCUGAGAUAAUGUUAUUGGGGGUGGGUGAGUGAAGCCGGCAAGGGGCUGGGAAGUGGACCUUUGAGUGCCGCAAUGGGUGAGUGGAGCGGCGAGGCUGCACUGUUAUCGCCUUCGCUCCCUGUCUGUAAACAUCCCCGUGUUAAUGGAAAUGAGUUUGGCCGCCGGCUAGCGUGUUGUUUUUCCUUCUACAUCCCUGCUCUCUCGCCCACGCCGCUGUGUGAACGGGUCCAGAGGCGGAGUCCGUGACCGUGCACUGUCCGGGGACGUGGUCUCGCUGCCACUGACUGAUCCACUGCUGCCGGUUGCUUUGGCGACAGACCCGGCGGCGGGGGGGCGGAUUUGCACCUGAUAUUAUUUAAGCAAUGCAUUGAUCUGGAGCAAGCCAUUCGUGCAGGGGCAGCGGCGAGCCCUGGACACUGGCUGGAUCUGAGUAAGGAGCCACAUGACAUAACAACACUGGUGUAGAUAACACUGAUCUGUAAACAGAGAGCGGCUGCCACAGACUGCUCACCCUCCCCAUCCUCCCUCCCUCCCUCCCUGCCGCUCUGGGGGAUGGAUGCCGAGACGACAGAGCCCGGCCAGAUGGGGGUCGAGGCUGCACAGAUAUUGGAGUGCGUUGAGGAGGAGAGUAGAGUGCGUGUGUUGGAUGUGCCCGAGUCCGGGGACAGCUCGCAGCCGCCGGGGGACUCGCCAGCCGACCCCCCGCUCCAGGACUACCAAGUGGCGGACGGGGGCUUCGGCUGGGUGGUGGUGUUCGCCGUCACCUGGUGCAAUGGGUCCAUCUUCGGCAUCCAGAACUCCUUUGGCAUCCUCUUCCUCAUGCUGCUGAGGGAGAUGGAGGACCAGCGCGACCCGAGCCUUCGCUUUAAGACGGCCUGGGUUGGUUCUCUCUCGAUGGGGAUGAUAUUCUUCUGGUCUCCUGUCGUGAGCAUUUUCACUGACUGGCUUGGCUGCAGGAAGACUGCCAUGUGUGGUGCAACACUGGCUUUUAUUGGACUUCUUUCCAGCUCCUUUACAAAGUCGUUGGAGAUGAGGUGUUUCACCUAUGGAGUUCUCUUUGGAUGUGGAUCAUCUUUUGCUUUCCAGCCAUCGUUAGUCAUCCUCGGCCAUUACUUCCGACGCCAUUUGGGCCUGGCCAAUGGAGUGAUGACGGCAGGGAGCAGCGUGUUCUCCAUUACCAUGCCUCUCCUUUUGAAGAAGAUUGGUGAUGCCUUGGGUCUGGCUCACACCCUGCAGAUCCUCAGUGUGUUCUUCUUCAUUCAGAUAUUCCUCACCUUCACCUAUAUACCCGUGAUCCCUUUGAAGACUAACUCAACAAAUUGCUUGACGUGCUUGCAUCAGUACAGGAGGUAUCUUAAUUUGAGAGUCUUCAGGAAAGUCACGUACAGAGUUUGGGCCUUUGGAAUUGCCACUGCUGUUCUCGGCUACUUUGUGCCAUACGUUCACUUGAUGAAUCAUGUCAAAAAGGAAUUUAGAGAAACCGAGAAAAAUUGGAUAUUACUUGUCUGCAUUGGAGCUUCAUCAGGAGCUGGACGUCUGGUCUUUGGAAAAAUUGGUGAUUCCAUCCCUGGGCCCAAGAAGAUCUAUCUGCAGGUGGCGGCAUUCUGGGUGAUGGGAUUUAUGUCCAUCAUGAUACCGCUCUGCAAAAUAUUCGAAGGCCUCAUUGUGGUCUGUAUUUUCCUGGGACUUUGCGAUGGAUGUUUCAUAACCAUUAUGGCGCCCAUUGCCUUUGAAUUGGUUGAGCCUCAAGAGGCUUCCCAGGCUAUCGGCUUCCUGCUGGGACUUAUGGCUAUUCCUAUGUCUGCAGGACCACCCAUUGCAGGGUUUAUUGAAGAUUCCUUGGGCAACUAUCACUUGGCCUUCUACUUGGCUGGAAUUCCACCCAUCAUUGGUGGAUGUGUUCUAUUCUGUGUGCCAAUAAUUCAUCGUCGAAUGCUGAAAAGGCAAAAGAAAGAAGAGUCCACCAUGGACAACGUGCUGUUGGCGUCUGAAAAUGUAUUAACUGGGGACAUCCUUCCUGGAAACCCCAACCCAGAAGCCUGUGUGUAAUCAGUCAACCCAGGUCCACACGACAUUCCAGAAAGUGGGUCAUUCCCAACAUACACUGUGAUGUUUCUUGUUGGUUUAUUCACAUAGUUUACAAUAAUAGCUCUUCCACACUCUUUCUAAACACUCAAUGAAGGAAUCAGUGAAAAAAAUUAAACAAUACUCAGCAGAAAGUUCUUAGAUAACGAGGCAGAUUUGACAAGUCUGUGGCUGCGUUUGGAGUAUAGUGUUGGAAUUAAUCGCAGUCUGGCAAUGCUGACAGAUUUUCAUUAUUGUAAUUUAUUAGAACUAAUCAUUGUUCUGGUCGUGGUGCACUGUGUGGAACGGAAAGCUUGGAAAGGAUGCAGCAUAGGAGGAGGCCAUUCGGCCCAUCAUGUCAGUGAUGGGUCUGUCACAGGUAUAAUCCAGACAGUGCCUUUGGGGCUGAUUGUGUCAUGUCCCAGUUUUGUAUCCAUUGAGGCUCAGAUUCUGAUUGUGCGCAAGCAGUAACAGGUCACAAGACCAUGUGAUAGGAGCAGAAUUAGACCAUUCGGCCCAUCAAGCCAACUCUGCCAUUCAAUCAUGACUGAUCUAUCUCUCCCUCCUAACCCCAUUCUCCUGCCUUUUCCUCAUAACCCCUGACACCUGCACAUCAAUAGAAUAAGCAUUCAGCUGCAUGUAUAUAGACCACUGUGUACCUCUUAGCCUCAAUGUCACAGUGGUGGUGCAGAAUGUAUUGUAUUCACAUGUUUUCUCAUGACAUAGGAGGCCAUUCUGCUCAUCAAGUCUAAGCCAGCCUGGAUUGAUCCAGUUUCCCCGCUUAUUUUCCUGUACAUCUCUCUCACUUGGCCAUCGACCGGGAGAUCGCAAGAGAAAGGGAGUGGGAGCUAGGCAAGACCAAUGACAGGCAACGAGACCAGCAGGUACCCGAGGGAUUGGGAGAUGGAAUGCCGGCAAGGCUUACAGGACCAUAAAACGGGAAGUGGCCAUUUUGGGUGUAGCCGUCUUCGAGGUGGAAGCACUGGGGCUGAGGACAAAGUGCCGAGGCCUUGACCAGGGAGGCAUCGGUGAGAAGGCUGGGCUGCACGAUGGGAAAGUGGAUCAUGUUUAUUUACGUCAAUAGUUAGGAGAAUAGUUAGGCUGACUCAGCCUCAGACUCAUUUGUAGAAAAUUCAACAGCCAAGUCCAGCGGGAAGAGAAAGCAGAGACAAAAAGGGAAGCCUGAAGGAGCUGGUAGACUGCAUUGCAUUUACUUUAAUGCAAGGAGCUGAGAGCGGGGAUCUGCAAAUGAGGUUGGAUAUUGUUGCGAUGAUGGAAACAUGGUUGAUGAAAGGGCAGUAGUGGCAGCUCAGUAUCCCAGGGUAUGGAGGCUUCGGACAUCAGUUCAGUUUAGUUUAUUGUCACGUCUACCGAGGGACAGUGAACAGCUUUUGUUGCGUGCUAUCCAGUCAGCAGAAAGACAAUACAUGAUUAUAAUCGAGCCGUUUACAGUGUAUACAUGAUGAGCAAUAAAGUCCCAUCACAAAUGGCCCAAGGGUCACCAAUGAGGUAGAUAGUAGUUCAGGACUGCUCCCUGGUUGUGGUAGGAUGAUUCAGUUGCCUGACAACAGCUGGGAAGAAACUGUCCCUGUUCUGGAGGUGUGCGUUUUCACACUUCUAUACCUUUUGCCCAAUGGGAGAGAGGAGAAGAGGGAGUGGCCAGGGUGCGACUUGUCCUUGAUGAUGCUGCUGGCCUUGCCGAGGCAGGGUGAGGUAUAAAUGGAGUCAAUGGAUGGGAGGUUGGUUUGUGUGAUGGUCCAGGUCGCGUCCACAAUUCGCUGCAAUUUCUUGUGGUCAUGGAUGGUGCUGUUCCCAAACCAGCUGAAAGUGGAAGGUACAAAAAUGAAAGGGUGUUGCACGACUAAUGAGAGAGAACAUCACUGCAGUAGCUUGGGGAGGAUUUCCUGGAGGGAUUUGCCAAUGAGGCUCUAUGGCAGGAGUUGGCAACCUUGUUCUGCAUCGGGGCCAGGACCCAUGUCUGUGAGUGGAUGGCGGGCCACAUCUAUCGCCAUAGCGUGACACUUGGUGUUGUUUUU